CAGACGAAAUCACUAUACUUAUACCUGGUAAUAAAUCUGUCUCAGAAGCUAUGUGUGACAUAGCAGCUACAAAACAAAGUCGAUUAAGAUUUUUACGCAACAACCAAGGAAUAUUAUAUGCUGAUUUAUAUCAGAAACUUGCUGAUACUGCAGGAAAUAUUAUAAAUAGAGAAUUAAACCUAAAUAAUCUUAGACAUCCAGUAAUUCUUCCUUCUACAUAUAUCAGAAGCUCGCAUCAAAUUUUUGAAAUUUUCCAAGACUCGAUGGCUAUUACCUGA